AUGCUUAUUUUAGCUGGGAGUGCUAUUGUGAAUGAAGCUAUUGUUACUGGCGAUUCUACUCCACAAUGGAAGGGUGCACCAGAAUCUAUUCAAGAAAGACUGGUUCAUAUGCCUGCAUUCUAUGUACAGACCUACAAGAAAUAUGCACGCCAAGGAUUUCGGGUUCUGGCAUUGGCCUACAAGUCUCUUCCAGUGAUGACAGAUAUGGAAGCCAGAAGCUUGGAGAGAGACGGGGUGGAAAUUGGUCUUAUUUUGCUGGUUUCGGUAUUUAGUUGUCCUAUCAGAAGUGAUUCAGCAGCUGCAUUAUCUAAAUUAAAAGAAUCAUCACAUGACUUGGUCAUGAUUACUGGAGAUCAAGCUUUGGCAGCUUGCCAUGUUGCUGGCCAAAGCGAUAUUGUUGAGUACAGGGAGAAUGCAGUUGAAGCUCUAACGGAGGCUUAUGAUCUUUGUAUUGGAGGAGACUGCAUUGAAAUGUUGCAGAAAACUUCUGGUAUUCUUAAAGUCAUUCCGCACGUAAAGGUAUUUGCUCAGGAUGUCUCCAGAGCAAAAGGGACUCAUAGUGACCACUUUUAA